CAGUCAAUAAGCUAUUGUUGUCUGAAUAGUUUCUAAACGGAGUUUGUCACUAUAAUUAUAUUCUCGCGAGUCAGCACUUGUUUUGUCAAUUAGAAGGAGAGAUUCAAAAUGAUCGCGGUGACAUCACAUGAAAAUGAGGCUUCGAUCGUGGACUUCUAUGAGGGAAAAUCUGUGUUUAUAACUGGAGGCACUGGAUUUCUUGGAAAGGUCUUUAUAGAAAAGCUGCUGUACUGUUGUCCAGGUUUAGUUAAAAUUUACAUGCUUAUAAGAGAAAAGAAAGGACUCACAAUCAAGGAACGGAUUGAUCGAUUCGUUGAUGAUAGUCUCUUUGACAGACUUAAAACCCAGAGACCAAAAGAUUUAGACAAAAUAGUUUUGAUACCUGGAGACAUUACAGCACCUAGUCUGGGUAUUAGUCAAGAACAAGAAAAUAUACUGAUUGAAGAAGUUUCAGUGAUAAUCCAUUCAGCAGCAACUAUAAAGUUCAAUGCUCCUCUUGAGGAAGCUUGGUCUAUCAAUGUUGAUGGUACGAGGAGAAUCCUUGACUUAUGCAGGAAUAUGAAGAAAGUUGAAGUUUUUCUCCACAUAUCCACAGCGUACACGAAUAUAAAUAGAAAUGUAAUAGAAGAGGUAUUGUAUCCACCGCCGGCUGAUAUCAAAGAACUGGAGAAAUUAGAUAAACAUAAUGUGACUGAGAAGCAAACCAUGAAAUUAUUGAAUGGAUUCCCCAAUACUUACACAUUCACGAAAUCGUUAACGGAGCAUUUGGUCGCUGAAAAUUGUGCCUACAUGCCCACAAUUAUUGUUAGACCUUCUGUUGUGGCGGCUGUUCUAGAGGAUCCUAUAAAAGGCUGGCUGGAGAACUGGUACGGAGCGACUGGUAUCAGCGUAUUCACUGCCAAGGGUCUGAAUAGGGUCUUCCUUGGACACAAAAACAUUAUCGUGGAUGUCAUACCAGCAGAUUACGUCGCCAAUCUGGUGAUCAUUGCGGGUGCACGGAAUAACAAAUCAAAAGAACUGAAGAUAUACAAUUGCUGCAGUAGUGGGUGCAAUCCUUUGACGAUUGGAAACCUUUUGGGAGCGUUCAUAGAUGAUGCGAUUCGGCAUAAAACUUAUGCCAUGCCGCUACCCGGUUGGUUCAUCUUUACUAGAUACCGGUUGGUGGCGACAAUAGUGACGUUCAUAUUCCAAGUGGUGCCAGCGUACCUCGCUGAUUUAUACCGACGGAUUAUUGGGAAAAAGCCAAAAUACACAAAACUCUUAUACCUAGUCGUGCAGACACGUGUCGCGCUAGAUUUCUUCUCAUCAAAUUCCUGGGUGAUGAAGGCAGACAGGAUGAGAGAGCUGUAUGCAUCUCUUUCUAACAAUGACAAGCGCAUGUUCCCUUGUGACCCCACUCAUAUCAACUGGCCUGAAUACCUCAGUGAUUAUGGAGCAGGAGUGAGACGAUUUCUGGAGAAGAGAAACUAGUUUGAAUUGAGUCUUAUAUAGGAGUAGGACAGAUGAAAUUCGCUUGCCGUUUCCGAAGUGCGGUGGCGUGUGUUUGUGAGAGUUUUUGAAAUUUAAUUUAAUGUAAUUAAUUGUGUAAAAAGUAUUAAACUCGAAACGUGACAUCAAAUUAUUUAUUGCCCCAUCGAUGUCAUAAGUAUCGUAAAACAUAACUAUUUUGUCAUUAACGGCUCUAACUUUGUUGAUAAGUUUUAAAAUAAAUCAUUCCUACCUAAGAGUAUAAUUUAUUACUAUUUACUACAUAAAACACGUUUUAUAAUUAAACGUGACCUGUCCCUCUACUAUUGAUAUACCUACAAAUGCCUACAAUCUAUAACAAAUGUAUGAAAAUGACAUUUUAAAUUCGAUAGGUCACGUGACUUUGGACUGUCAUUUGUACGUUCGAAUGUUUUCUAUUGAUAUUAGUUAAACCUGAACAUGAGGUGCUGUUUUUUUUACUAAUUAACAGAAUUCGUGUUUUAUUUUCAUUUAUUUGUCAGUUUUUAAUGCAGUGCGAAAUCUUAAUAGAAUAUACGUCUAAUGAAAUACUUCAAAUGUACAGGAAUGAGGUUUCGUUUAGACAAAUAACGUGACGUUGACUUGUCAGUUCAAUGAAGUGCUUAAAUUAGGUAAAGUAGAAGAAUGAUUGUAUAUAUGUAAAUUUGUAUAAGCAUUAUUUAAGUAAAACAUGACAUAAAGCCAAAAGAAAUGUAAUUGUAAUA